UCCUGCACCGGAGGCCUCGGAGCACAGCAGGCACUGGCACUGGUACGGGCACAGCCAUGGCCGAGGGCAGGGGCAGUGGUGCUGGGCUCUUUGCCAGGCAGGUCCAGAAGCGCUUGAGCCGUGCGCAGGAGAAGGUUUUACAGAAACUGGGCAAAACUGUGGAAACCAAGGACGAGCAAUUCGAGCAAAGCGCCUACAACUUCCAGCUGCAGCAGAAUGAAGGCCAUAGACUGUACAAGGACCUCAAGGCUUUCCUUGGUGCUGUUAAGGUGAUGCACGAGAGCUCCCGACGAGUGGCCGACACACUGCAGGACAUCUACAGCUCCGACUGGGAUGGCCACGAGGAGCUAAAAGCCAUUGCAGACAGCAACAACCUCCUGUGGGAUGACUAUGAGGCCAAACUGGCCGACCAAGCCCUGCGCUUGAUGGAGAACUACCUGGCUCAGUUCGGGGACUUCAAGGAGCGCAUUGCCAAGCGGGGCCGCAAGCUGGUGGAUUAUGACAGCGCUCGGCACCAUCUGGAAGCUCUGCAGAGCGCCAAGAAGAAGGAUGAGGCCAAAAUCGCCAAGGCUGAGGAGGAGUUUAACAAAGCCCAGGCUGUGUUUGAGGACCUCAAUAGGGACCUCCGGGAGGAGCUGCCUGUUCUCUAUGGCAGCCGCAUCGCCUGUUAUGUGACCAUCUUCCAGAACAUCUCCAACCUCCGCGAUGUCUUCUACAAGGAGAUGAGCAAGCUCAACCGUGACCUGUAUGAGGUGAUGGGCAAACUGGACAAGCAGCACUCCAGCAAAGUCUUCAUCGUCAAAGGGGUCCCCAGCAGCCGCCGCUCUCUGGUCAUCUCAUCCCCGGUGAGCCCCCCGGGGAAGGCACCGGACUGGGGGCCCCCGGUGGAAGCGGAGGCGAUGGCAACGUCCCCCGGUGCAGGCAGCGGUGAUGCCAUCUCCAAUGGGGAGCUGGGCACUGCUGUCCCCAGCCCCCCCCCAGCAUCACCAGCCAGUGGGGGCUCCCUCUCGGAGACAGCAUCAACCUCCAGUGAGGAGACCCCAGAGCCUGAUCCCAUCCCGGAGGCUCCAUCCCAGGAGCUGGGGACACUGGGGGCACUGGGGGCAGCCGCAGAGCCGGGGGGGGCCCAGGGCAUCGCCACCUCCCUGGCAUCGCUGAUCCUGUCGGAGGCCAUUGCCCAGGCUGCGGGCACAGGCAAAGGGGAGGACCCCCAUGAGCCGGACCCCCAUGAGCCGGACCCCCAUGAGCCGGACCCCCAUGGCACGGCCACCACCAGCCCCAUGAAGCCGCGGUCCCCAGUGCCUGCUCCUUGCCAUAAGCCGGGUCCCGAUGCGUGUCCCUCGGUGUGGGGUGAGCAGCAGCCGUCCCCGCUCCGCAGUGACUCCGAGGAGAGCAUGGAGGUGAUGGACAUCGAGCCAAAGGUGGCCAGGACUCAGAUGGGGCUGGAUCCGACCCUCGACACGGCAACGAGUGGCUGCAUUGGGGACCCCAGCCCCACAACCGAGGAGCAAGGCUGUCCCGGGAUGCCCGAGCAGGAUGAGAGCCAGCACCCACCACCAGCAACAAGCCCCCCCGAGGACCCCAAUGAGACCCUCACCUCCCUCUGAGCCUGGUAUCGGUGCCUUCGGGUGCCACCAGCAGAUAACGUUGUUCCACCAUAACCGUGAUGUGCUUCCACCCCUAUCCCGGCUGGAAUAAAGGCAGAAACGGCUGUGUCAGGA